UCGUCUCCUUGCAUUAGAUCUCGUCCCUUCGAGGUUGUCAACGGAGUCCCAGCCGAACAUUGACAUUUUUGGCCCUGGGAGAGGUGCGAAGAAAUUGCUCAGCGUCAACUAUGUUUAUACUAUUUGAAGCCUGAGAUUGCGAAUGGAGGAAGAAUUGAAUGUUGUUCUUCCUUGGAGUCCUCACUGAGAGAGAUCAGUGUUCAGAGCAUCGGCAAUUGUAUUAAACCGUGUGAAUUUUUGAUAUUAGGAGUUAAUAUACCUGACAAGUACAAGGAGCCAUUAGCGAACUUGAUCAUGCGGAAAUAGACAAUCUUCAUCACUUGGAGAUUCAGUGGUAUUGUUGUUGGAGAACACCGAGGAGGAGCCUGAUGGGUGGGGUUAUGAAGCCGAUGGGUACGUGUGCUCCUAGUGAAGUAAGGUUUGAUCAGGCGGCUUGCGACUUGCAGUUGGAUGGCACCGGAUUUGAAGAUUUGCCCGAGUCCUGUAUAGAACUUGUCCUCUGCUUUCUUUCUCCCAGAGACAUAGCCAUAUCAGCUUGCACUAAUCGCACGUUCCGAGGUGCAUCUCUUUCGGAUGUUGUCUGGCAUGCCAAGUUGCCGAAAGAUUAUACAGAAUUUCUUGCAAAGGCAAAGGACGGCGCAUGCUACUUCGAUUCUAAGAAGAAAAUCUUUGAUUUUCUCCGCAUCAAGCGCACUCUUUAUAAUCACGAGUUCUGGCUAUCGAGAUCGCUUGGAGGAGUUUGUGUUCAUCAAGGCGCUGAAGCCCUAGAUGUCGUAUGGGGUUCUGAUGAGCGAUAUUGGGAUUGGCGUCAGCAACCUGGUUCCAGAUAUGACAAAUCGGCGUAUCUUAAAGCAGUCUGCUGGUUGGAUGUUAAGGGGAGCAUGGAGUGUUCCCUACCAGUUGGCACGUACACUCUCUCGUGGAGGUUUGCGUUGGAGCAGGAUGCGUUUGGAUUUACCCGACAUGACCCGUAUGGAUUUACCGGACAUGAGGGGACCUGGCCGAUUGAGUUUGCGAUGUCAGUCAAUGAUCAUAAAACUGUUCAGAAAGAGAGUUUUUUGCGAGAUGGCCAAUUCUCAUCAGAAGGUGAGCAUUCAUCCGAUGACGAAGACCGAGAAGAAGUAGACACUGACUGGAAAAACUUUUAUGUUGGAGAUUUUUCUGUAGAAGAGGGAGACAAAGACUCCCGAAUUGGUCGAGUUAAACUGCAAUACAGUCUUGUCGAAACUAGAGGGGGUAAUUGGAAAAGCGGUUUGUGGUUGGAUGGUGUUGUGAUCAUGCCGAAGCAGCAAAAAAGUAUUGGUUGCGUAAUGCCGUAGCUACAAGGAAUGGAAUAGAACAAGGAGUGGAUGGAUGAUUUCAUUGUCAUGCCCAUGCAACCAGGAAUAGAAUAGAUAACUUGUGAAGUGACUUGAGCUGAUCUUAAAGCAAUCGGCAUUACUGCCACAACAUUGCACAUUAGAGCGAGUGCAAUUUUGCGAGCCAUGUGUAGAUAUGGUAAAGAGAAUGUACAUAUUACACAUAAGUAGAUUCGUGUACGGGCAACCCUAGUGAGGUAGUUGCGAAGAAAUAUAACAGUUUUAGCAGUUAGAACUGAGAUUGUAUUUAGUUCGCAUGGGCUGUGAGUUCAGAUUCGAUGAAAACAGAUAUGCAAACACAUCUAUAUACGUGUCUUAUACGAGUGAUGAUACAAAAAACUCAAUUUUAAUCGCAGCUUGUGC